AUGCUGACGAUCUUGACCUCCAGUGGGAAAAGAUCGUUGAUCUUCUCCCUCUGUAGAGGUAUGGACAUCCACAGCGGACGCAUUCUGAUCGACGGCAUCGACCUCGCGAUCGUGCCCCCAGAAGAAAUCCAGUCCAGGAUUAGCAUUAUCACCCAAGAUCCUCUGCUCCUCAAGGGAUCUGUUCGGUCCAAUAUCGACCUCACUGAAUCCCAGACCGAUCCUGAACUUCUCUCGGUCUGCCGGUUGGUCGGAUUGGAGGAAUACAUCCAGGCCCACGGUGGUUUGAUGCCGAAUGGAGCCCCUUGGCCCUAUCUUCCGCUCUUCUGUCUGGCUCGCUCGCUGCUGCACAAGUCUCGGAUUCAUAUUCUGGAUGAGGUGACUAGCAAGUGA